AGUGUCAGCUCAGAGGAGAGUAAACCCCACCCCUUUUACACCCAACCACAGACUUUGUAUAAAAGUGAAACUGACUGAAAACAUGUUGCUGGAUCUGCAGUGAACCUCUUCACUGAGGUAAAUUAAGGAGCAACAACACUGUUCCUGUAAAGCAGAGAAGCUGUGGUUCAGAGGAGCAGAGAAUCAUUUUAGCUGAAACAUGUCUUCAUCUGUAUCAACUACGGUGGGAGGUGUGGUGGUGGUCACCCAUGUGCACCCAACACCUCAGGGUGCAAUGCCCCAACUUCCUGUGGGCAUCCAGAAGUUCAGCAGGGCCUCGCCGAUGGCGCUUGGGACAGUUCAGAUCAUGAUCGGCCUGAUAACUCUGCUGUUUGGGAUCGUUAUGGUGAUCCAUGCAGAUACACUAGGAGAUUUCAGCGGUGUUUUUGUCUGGGGAGCUUUGAUUUACAUCAUAGCUGGAUCUCUGACAGUGGCUGCUGGGAAAUCUCCAAACCGCUAUCAGGUGAACCUCAUUCUGCUUUUCAGUGUUGUAACAGCAGUUGCUUCCUCUGUUGCAACCAUCCUCUGCUCUCUGGAUGCUGCAGGGGUUGUGAUCCCAUGCCAUGACUACGCAUGCCCGUUAUAUCAGACUCAGACCAAGGGGUUUUCAGGGGUCUUGGCUGUUUUCCAUGUAUUGGCGUUUGUUGUUUCAAUCACUGUCGCAGCAUUUUGCUGCAACGCCACUUGCAACUGCUGCCAACAGGCACCAUCGUACGUUGUUGUACCUGUAAAUGCUUCAGUGACUGCACAGGCUCUGCCCAGUGCACCUCCCUAUACAGACACUGACCCACAUCUAGAGCCAAGAUACCCUUGGCCUCCACCUCCACCCUACACCACUGUCGUCAACUGAAGAGUCUGUCCAAACUGACCAUCCUGUAUCAAAAUGCUCUUUUAAUGUUGACUGGAACCUAAUAUAAGAUGAGAAUCUAAAUUCAAUGUGUCACUCCUAACCUGAAAUGUGUAAAAAAAAAAAAAAAAGCUUUGCUAUAAAAUAAAUGCUGUCCUUCAGAGAUGAUUAAAGAGUUUUGUAAUGAC